UUGAUUAAGCUGCACCCAUUCAAUGGGAUGGCGGUGAGAAGGGUUCGUUUGAGGGAGAGCUGGGUGUGCGAAAGAGCCGGGCUGCAGCCGGCGGGGGCAGGCACAGCGCAGUCUCUGGCACUACAAGGGACGUACAGAGAGAAAAUUGUCAGCUUGGGGGAUGCAUUUAAAAAUUUUAAAAGUCUCCGUUCCCUGGACUUGUCCAGAAACAUCAUAAUCAGCUUGCAGGGAAUAGAAUAUUUACACUCUCUUUAUUACCUGAACUUAUAUUAUAACGACAUUGCAUCGGUUGAUGAGAUAAAACAUCUCAAACAUUUGGCACAGCUGAAAACUCUGGAUCUGCGUCUGAAUCCAGUGACCAGACAAGAUGCUGAUUACCGUCUUUUUGUCAUCCACAUUGUUGGGACAUUGGAAACACUAGGCGAGUACAAACCUGUGCUAGAUAAUUGUUUGGAUAUGUCUUAA